GGCAGGGGAGGUGAUUAAUCAAUCACACCUGUGAGCUGAAGAGGAGAGGGAAAGUCAGAGGGAGGUGGUUUGGAGGAGAACAAAGGAGAACAGCAGUGUGAAGUGAGGAUAUAACAAGAGGAGAUCUUUCAAAGUGUAGAGGUGUAAAGAAAGUUGAUGAAGAAGCCACCGUUUUCUGCCGUGAGCCAACAAACUGAAUGAGACAUGAGAAAUGUCUGGUGCUUUGCUCCUGGGGACAUGGAUGGACAUGACUCUACUUUAACAUGAUAAAAAAUGCUGAUGUUGCUCCAGUCUUCUGAUUAAAAGGAAAAUCCUCCGCUGGGAAUUAUCAGGAACGCUCCCACGAUGGCUCUGGAUGCUGACAGUGGAUUGGCUGCUUGAUGUAUAAUUCAGUGCCUGUAACACGGCUGGUUAAUAAAAACAGUAGCCGACCAGAAAAGUCAUUGGUCGCUGCCUUCAUCUUCCUCCUGCCACUGAAGUCUUCCUCAGUGUCUGAGUUGUUGAGCUCGUCCUGUCCUGGUGAUGGUGGCUUUUUGACACUGCUCCACGCUGUCACGAUCCACUGACAUGAACAUCUGUUCCGGUGAGGCUGCAGGACAACCGCCUUUCUCUCUGUCUCCCCUUCUUCCUCACCCCUAAACCACGUAAACUCUUUUAAGAGCAAUUCAACGUUGCGGCUUUAAUUGAACUUCUAGCUGUCUGUUGGAAUGUUGCCCCCCCUCCCUGCUUCUCUUCUCUCCCUCCAUCUCACUGCUCACUGGAUGGAAAUGACAGGGCGCAGGUGCAGCAGCCACGGCCGUGUGUGAGCGCGUGUAUGUGAGCGUGAGUGUGUGUGUGAGCACCGUCAGGGGACGGUCUGUGGUGCACUAGGACCACGGAGAGAGAGAGAGAGGGAGAGAGAGAGAUCCUUCUCGCCGUGUGCAUUGCAACUAUACGAAGCGCGGCGGAGCUCUGGAGGAGGAAACCCCCCCGUCGGAUCUGACCAUCAUAUCCAUACAUUUCUUCUGUUCUCCCCCGUCUCCGCUGUGAGUGCGGAGGUUCGCAGCGCACGGCGGCGCGUCCGGGAUGUUCCGGCUUCCCCUUGGAGAGGAUAAGUGAUGAAUCGUGAUUUGCGCAACAUUUUUGCUUUCUUUUUAUUUAUUUAUUUUGGCCGGGAGGAAGAUCAUUGCACAUCCUCUCCUCCAGCCGACAGUGUACACGCACGUUUCUGUCAGUAGUCCAGUCUUUCCCAGCCAUCAUAGUGGUUCUAUUCCAGGCGCACUAAGUCACAUCUGCGUAGGAGAGCGCUUGUUGGCGCACUUCUUCUCAUUCCAACCUGCUCCAAAAGACUCGGAGACAAGAUCUCGACUGUUCCACUUGGAUUUAACCGACUGGCACCGUUGGCUGAAUGGGUGACACCGCCGAAACGCAAGACUGUAGCCGGACUUCAUACACCCAUUCCGUGGAAACGUGUUUUCUCUGCUGACAUGGAGUUGUGAUGUCCAAAUAAGCCUCCCUCACUGACCAACAAACGUUGUUGUAGCAUUUUGGAAUCGAGUUGAAGGCCGUGAGUACAGGGAGGGAAGAUGAGACCUCCAAGCCCUCUGCUGAUCCUGCUGUACAUCACGCUGUCCAGAAGUGUGAAGGUGGUCUCUAAGAGAGGCUCAGUGGAUGGCUGCACAGACUGGUCUGUAGACUACCUGAAGUACCGGGUGCUGCAGGGUGAACCAGUGAGGCUGAAGUGCGCCCUGUUCUAUGGUUACAUCCGGGCCAACUACAGCCAGGCGCAGAGUGUGGGCCUCAGCCUGAUGUGGUACCGCAGCUCUGGUCUGGGGCACAGCGACUUUGAGGAGCCCAUCUCAUUUGACGGCUCACGCAUGAGCAAAGAGGAGGAUGCCAUCUGGUUCAGACCAGCUGAACUUCAGGACAUCGGCCUCUACUCUUGUGUCCUACGGAACUCAACCUACUGCAUGAAGGUGUCCAUGUCUCUGACCGUGGCGGAAAACGACACAAAUCUGUGCUACAACUCCAACAUGAGGCGAGCAGAGAAAGCUGAGCUCAGCAAGAGCAAAGACAUUCAGUGCACUAACAUCGACAACUACGUGGAACCUGGCAAAGAUCCAGACAUCGUCUGGUACAAGGAGUGUCGUCCAAAGCAGUGGCCUGCCAGCAUCAUCCAGAAGAGAGAUAUCCUGUCCUUCCAGGAAAUAAAGGAGGAUGACAUUGGGAAUUACACCUGUGAAAUCCAGUUUGGAGGUUUCGUGGUGAGAAGGACCACAGAACUUGUAGUAACAGCUCCUUUGACAGACAAGCCGCCAAAAAUCCUGUUUCCCUCGGAACACAAGAUUAGCACCAUGGAGCUGCAGCUUGGAACUCCGUUGAACCUCACCUGUAGAGCCUUUUUUGGCUACAACGGUGACGUCAGCCCUCUCAUCUACUGGAUGAAGGGGGAGAAGUUCAUCGAAGACCUGGAUGAAGAGCGAGUCCAGGAGAGCGAAAUGAAAGUAAUUAAGGAGCAUCUUGGUGAACAGGAAGUGGCCAUUUCCCUGACCAUUGACUCCCUGGAGGAAGAAGACCUGGGGAAUUACUCCUGUUUUGUGGAAAAUGGAAAUGGGCGUAUUCAGGCCACCAUCCAGAUCUUCAGACGAGCAGAGCUCAUGUACACAGUGGAACUUGCAGGAGGCCUUGGAGCGAUCCUGCUGCUGCUCAUCUUCCUCAUCUCCCUCUACAAAUGCUACAAGAUCGAGCUGAUGCUCUUCUAUAGGAGACACUUUGGCAGCGAGGACGUGGAUGGAGAAAACAAAGACUACGAUGCAUACCUCUCCUACACCAAAGUAGACCCAGACCAGUGGAGUCAGGAGACCAGAGAGGAAGAACGCUUUGCCCUGGAGAUCCUCCCUGAUGUUCUGGAGAAACAUUACGGCUACAAACUCUUCAUCCCUGACCGAGACCUCAUCCCAACAGGCAGUCUCUCCACUGAACAUUACCAGGAUGACACGCGGCUCUUCGGAGCCUACAUAGAAGACGUGGCCCGCUGUGUGGACCAGAGCAAACGCCUCAUUAUAGUCAUGACGCCCAACUACGUAGUGAGACGUGGAUGGAGCAUAUUUGAGCUGGAGACGCGGCUGCGCAACAUGCUGGUGUCUGGCGAGAUCAAAGUCAUCCUGAUCGAGUGCGCCGAGCUGCGCGGCAUCAUGAACUACCAGGAGGUGGAGGCUCUAAAACACACCAUCAAAACCCUCACUGUCAUCAAGUGGCACGGCCCUAAGAGCAACAAGCUCAACUCCAAGUUCUGGAAGAAGCUGCAGUACGAGAUGCCCUUCAGACGCACUGUGCCCAUGCUCACCCACGAGCCGGCACUGGACGUCAGCGAGCAAGGCCCAUUCGGAGAGCUGCAGACCGUCUCCGCCAUCUCCAUGGCGGCCGCCACCACCACCGCCAUGGCCACUGCCCACCCGGAGCUGCGUUCUACUUUCCACAACACCUACCACACCACCAUGAGGCAGAAACACUACUACCGCAGCUACGAGUACGACCUACCUCCAGGAGGGACCCUGCCACCCCUGUCCUCCCUGGGGAACCAGCACACCUACUGCAACAUCCCGCUAACACUGCUGAACGGACAGAGGCCUCCUGGGAAGAGCCGAGAGCACAGCCUGGAGGAGGCGCACGCUAACAACGCCAUGCUCCCUCUGCUGCCGAGAGAAACCAGCAUCUCCAGCGUCAUCUGGUAAAUAAGGAACAUUCUCCGAGUGGAACUGAAGGAGGAGGAUCAUUCAGGGUCACACACGACUAGGUUCAAUCUGGAAACGUUCAAAAAAAAAUUUAAAAAUAACACGGUUCAUGAAGUUCAUGAAAAAUAUGAUGGGAAUCCAUUAGUUCUAACUGUGGGGAACUAUUCAUGGAGAUACAGAAGGAUUUUUUUUGGACAAUGCUACUUUUUUUUUCAAAGACACACAAAUGCAUCACCGGGGAUGUUUUCUAUGUGAAAUUCCAGGAGAUAAUAAUAACAACACUGUUUCCUUACUGAGUGAGACACGGACUCACAGGAACUCCAAGAACCAACGCACUAUGGCAAUUUGUGUACACACACACAAACACACUCACACAUGUUCACAAAUGUGCAUACACCACACACACAAACAC